AACUUUGAUACCGUUCGUAUCUCAAAAACAACAUCAGAUGGAGCCGCGGAGGACUUUGCAGGAUCCCCCGCUGGCGACGCCUUUGACACGAUCAAAAUCACUCCGCUUUCGGUCCUGGAUGCCAAAAACGCAUUGUCGCCGCACGAGAUGGCCAGCGCAGAGUCAAGCGAUUCAGUCCCGGUCGACAGAGCUGCAGGCGACCCUGCAGUCGACAAGCCGACAUCAACCGUCCUCCCCGAGUUUCCUCCGCUUGAGGGCCUCUCUAGUGGGCUCGGUGAGCUCAUCCAGGACUUUAUCAGCAAGGGCGGUGCCUCGGACCUCCCUCCAGAAUCGACCGAGGCGGUACUGUUUUUAGGAAUGGAGGGCGCAUCGAUGAAGCAAUGGAACAAUCCCGAAUACGACAAGUCUGUGGCUGCAGAUUUUUCCACGCCCAGCGGAGAAGAAUCCACCAAUGACAACGCCAACGUCGGUGCUGGUGCUGGUGCCAGUGCUAUUGCUGGUGCCGGUGCCAGUCCCGCAACUCCGACCCGACCCGACCCGCCGAUACCUCCCCCGAAGCAACAGGACGUCCUGCAAUCGGAUCUUUCUCGUCAAGCUGGUCCAAUAGCACCCUCUCGCGGCAGCAGCAGCAAUAUCGGCAUCCCAACCCUUGGUGGAAACAGGAUGACAGAGGUACUCGAAGCCCGCCCGACUUCUUUGCCACGAACGAGCGCUUCCUUGCAAACAGCAACUGUCACCAAGCGUCGGACCGGAGCCAAUGAGACACAGGCCGACAAAGAUUCUGUCGACCGCAGCCUGGUACCUGGCCCGUUCUCACCCACCCACUCCAAUGCACCCUAUGGUCCACUGCACUCAGCCUCCAAAGCGACCAUAGCCUCGGCCGCGCCGAUGCCGGCCCCGCCGAUACAGCGCUCGUCAUCUCAAAAGUCGCUUGGGCACGCGCCCUCUGUCUCGACCGUUUUGUCGCCGCAGAGCGUCGUUGCCCAGGCGUCGCAAGCCUACGGAUCGCCUGUUCGCAGAAUUGCAACCUCCGAGCUUGCCGGGUCUCCCCGUUCCGUUGGUGCCGCCCAGCCGGCAUCCCCACAACCGCUUUUGAUCCGGGAGCGCUCGCGAUCAUCGUCCAACGCCCCGAUCCCGCGGACUCAUAGUACCGGGUCUAUUCAAUCGCCCGCCUCGAGCCCAGAUAUCUACAAUCUUUCAUCACCGCAGCUUGCGACUCCAUCUAGCGGGCAUUCCAAGACCCUGAGCGCUGUCAAGCAGAUGCUUGGCUUCCAAGGCACCUCAGCAUCCAGUCCCACCUUGUCGUCUAUGCUCUCCAGCAGUCGCGAGCUUGCAACCUCGAUAUUUUCGAAAGGUUCGAGCUCGGCGAGCGGCUCUGGAUCCUCUCUAUCGUCUUCGAACUCGCCAUUGUCUCCAUCGCUGCGAAAGCAAAGCCUCUCAUCUGCGAUACGGCCGGACUUUAUUCGGACACACGCCGUGUCGACAUCGAUGGACGAACGGAUUCAUCUCUUCAGCCCGGAUUCCCACCACCCGCCCCCUGGCAGUACCAAUCGAGCACGAGGCAGCAGCAUACCAGUCGCAUUCAACAGCGGACGCACACCAGUUCGCAGUCUGGCACGAGGCCACGAGCGCUCGGCGUCUUUUGGCGGAACAGCCUCGGCCCAGCACCUUAUCUCUGGCGGUAGCGCCCAUGUGGCCAACGAUGUGCCCGACCGCAGCCGCCAAAUGAGCUCCAGUAAGAGUCGGGCCAUGUCGCUCUCUCCUGGACGGCAAAUGGCAACAACGCUGAGCCCUGGGCUCCGCAGAAACACCAAUUCGAAUAAGGAGCGCCGGACGUGGGUUUCAUCUUGAUGCGUCAUCCGUGCAAAUGCCACCGCAUUCCCAGCGGCUCGCUCGGCACCAUUCCGCCGGCGCCGCUGAGAACUUUCCGAAUGGCCGUCCGCCAAGUAUUGAUGCGACCCAGCACGGCCUUGCUGUCCUGUCGCUGGCUGACCGGGAGGAUGGUCUAUUAGAGGAACUCCGAGCCCGCAUGGACGAGACGAUCCGCCUUUUGGAGCUAUUCGAAGCCGAGUUCUCGGUGCUAGAUCCAUGAAUAGAGUAUUUGCUGACGGCUU